UAAAACACAAACAGUAACGAUUUCACAUAUUCAAAUUAAGUGUAUACACUGAAGUAUCGGAUGGAAAAGGCGGUAAAAUUAAGGUAAAGAAAGAAAACCCAAAGAAGGCUGGUGCCAAGGGCGGCAAAGAUAUCCCUGGGCUUAAAAAGAAGAAACAAAAAGAUCCCAAUGCAGUGUUUAGUGAUAGUGAUUGUACAACAGAUUCGGAUGAUGUUGAUCUUGAAAACAUGACUGAGGAAGAAAAGAAAGCAUAUUUUAAAGGCAAAGCAGAGCGUGCAGCAGCACGUGAAGCACGACGUAGGGAAAAAUACGGGGAUAAAUACGAUGAAAUGAUGUCAAAACAUAACGAAUUUAAAGAACAAAAGGCCGAAGAAAAGAAAAAGGAACAGAUAAAAAAAGAAAAAGAAGCGAAGAAGAAAGCGAAGGAAGAAUUUAAAAAGAACAAACUACAAGAACUACGAGAAAAGGGAUUGAUUAGUCCGUCAUCUGAUUGGACAAUUGAUUCUGACACUGGCGAACCAUUGAGGAAAGCUCAAAAAGCUGAAGUGAAAGAGAAGAAAAAGCAAAAGAAAUUACAAGAGCUUCGAGACCAGGGGUUGAUUAGUCCUUCCUCAGACUGGACCCUAGAUUCAGACGGGGAACCAGCUCGACGUUCUGAGCUUGUUAAGCAAGGAAAACGACCACCGGGAGAAGAUGGGAAAGGAGGGAAAGGUGGAAAAGGUGGAAAGAAAAAUAAAGAUGGCAACGAAGCAGACGAUGAAAGUGAAGAAGAAUAUAUUGAUCCUGUAACGGGUGAAGUCAAAAAGAGACCUAAGCAAAAAGAUGGCAAAGAAGAACCAAAAUACAAAUAUGAAUAUGAUGACCAAGGGAGAGUUAUACGAAAAACAAGGAUAAAUGCUAAGCCUGGUGAUGAAGGAUCUGAGUACGAAUAUGAUUAUGAUGAGGACGGUAAUGUCAAAGUUAAGAAAACAAAAGGGAAGAAAGGGGGUGCAGGCGAUGAAUCCGAUGAAGAACAGUUUGAAGUAGGAGCUGAUGGUAAAAUUAGACUAAAACCAGGAAAGAAGAAAAUUGAUCUAGAUAAACUUACCGAUGAUGAUCUGCGGAGAUUGGGAAUUGAUCCAACCUUAUCGAAGGCAGAAAUUGCAAGAAGAUUAAAGGAAAAAUUCGGUGAUGAUAUUGAUAUUACUACAGGAAAGAAGAAAAUAGGAACAAAAAAUAUGGACGAUUAUGGCAGUGAUGCUAAUACGGAUGAUAUGGCAAAUGACAGUGACUUAGAUGUUUCCACAUUAAUUGGAAACAAGAGAGUAAAUGUGAAACUGAAGAGAGGUGGACAAGCCAUUAUAGAUCAUAUGAAAAAGAUUAUUACGCAGUCAAGUCUGAGAGAAGAAAUAGCCAAAAAUUUAGAUGAAAGAGGUGAUAUAGACUUUGUAACACAUUAUCGACUAGUUGACCCCAAUAAAGUGGAAUCUUAUGCAAAAGCAUUUGUCGUAGAGGAUGAUGACAUGGAUACGGUUUUAUCAUUCAAGGAAACAAACGUAGCAUUGGAUGGGGUACCUAGUGUACAACAAAUGACAAAUAAACAGCUGGAUUAUGUGCUGAGUGUUUUGAAUCUAAAUGAUGCAUCAAGGGUAACAUUCCGCAUGUUUGCAGUAAUAUCAGCACUUUGUGACAGAGUUACAAUGAUGGAUCCACUCAGCAAACAUUUAUUGGAAAUAUGUAAUUUACUGGAUAUAGAAAGGAAAAUGGAUUUAUACAAAGCCAUGUUUUACUGCAAUGUAGAAUCAGAAAGAGAUAAUAAUUUUAUUAAAGCGGAAUCCUUACGGAUAGAACUUAUAGCUGGUGGACUGAACUGGAAGCAACAAGAAUUCAUCAUGGAAAGAUUGCAGCCUAACAGUUUUUUCGAGGUUUCUUUCUUGGAUUAUUUGGUAUAUGUUCCGUUGUUUCUGUCCAUGCAUGACAAUAUAUGUGAUAAUCCAUUAGACAUGUCUGAUAACAAGUAUGAUUCAACGCUUCGAAAACCUUCCGGUGCACUCAGACAACGAGAUAUUAAUCCACUCGGUCAGCCAUUAAAGAAGACGUCAACAUAUAUGUUAAAACAAAGGGCCAAAGACCUUGCGGAGGGUAGAAUAAGCAAGGAUGACCUAAAGAAAGAACAAAUAGAACUACUGAACAAAUAUAACAAGUUGCCUGACCUCUUAGCAGAUACGCCACUUCCAAGAACUGGAUCACCUCCUGGACUCAAAUAGAUUGGACCUCUACACGAAUUAUCAGAACUGAUGCUGCUGAAAAAAUAACAAAAGAAAACAAAUCAAAUUAUGAAAUCCGAAUUGAUAUACUUGUGAAAUAAUGUUUUUUUUUUCCACUGUCUGAACUUCUGUACAGUUUGUGUUGAAACAAAAAAACUUAUUGAUGAUUCAUGAUGUUUUUCAAUGAGUGCAAAACAUAAAUUAUUCAUUGAAUACAUUACAGAAUUCAGUCACUAUUUUUUUUAUGUUUGUGAUUAAAUUAAACAAAUAUAGUAACCGAUGUUUGCCUGUAUAGUUUUGGGGGCAAAAGUAUAUAUCAUUUUAAAUUGAUUUUUUUUAUAAAAUGUGCCAAAGUAGUCGAUAACCGUUUAGAUGUUUCUUUGUCUUCUGUUUGUUUUUUUUAUUGUCAGUAAAAUCUAGUAAACUUUAGUAUAUGUAUAUAAAAAGACUAAAAUCACUACGAUUAUUCAAUUAUAAGCAAAGUGCUGUGUGCCAAAUGAAUAGUAUCUUGUAACGUUAUAACAAAAAUUUUAUUUGAAUGUUAUUGUUUUGAUGUUUAAGAUCACACUGGUCAUCCUUACAAAUAUGUAGCAUCAAGAGGAAGUUACCUCCCUUUAGCAUUUCAGAAAUGUAUUUUACACUUGAAAAAAAGCGUAAUUCUCUUUUGCGGUGAAACGUUAGAUUUUUUUACAAAAGUAAUAAUCAAUGUGUAUGAAAACACUCUUUUUUAUUCAAAAUCUAGUGGUGUUGUACCUCAGUAACGAUAAAACAAGAACGCAAAUUCAGUUAUUGUAACUUCAUUUGGUAUGAUCAAUAUACACGUGUAAGUGCUUUGAACACGUUAAACGCUUGAAAACUCAAUAAUUUAAAUAAGAAAAAAGUAAAAUCACAAAAAUACUGAACUCCGAGGAAAAUUCAAAAAGGAAAGUCCCCAAUCAAAUGGCAAAAUCAAAAGUUCAAACACAUCAAACGAAUGGAUAACAACAGGUAAAUUAAUGCUUACGUCACAACUGCAUAAUGAUUAAUCAGACAAUUAGAUUGUGUUUAUCUAUUUAAAUAAGCUGUUAAAUCUGGGACAAAUCCUCUGGUUUUACCAUAUAUGAAUUACAAAUUUAAAAAUCAAUUAAUUUUUUUGUUGAAUCACUAAAAUUUGUUUAAACAACUGAUCAUUAGAAAUUAGUAUAAAAUUCCUGUGUGGUAUCUUUAACUAUUUUAUUUUAAAUUGAAUUUAGAAACUAAGAAUUCCCACACAGUUUAAGGUUAAACCGUGAGAAUUCCACCUCAUCAAAAUUUAAAGUGUCAGGAUGUUCGUAAAAAUGUAUUGGCUGUUACAUGUAAUGUUACCAAAGGCGAUACUUGUGUGUAUAUUUCCUUUCUGUUGUGCCAUAUUUUAUUUGUAGCUAUUAGUUUUGUUUUUUAAAUAGAACUUUACAUACCAAAGUGCAUUUUAAUGUAUAUAAAACGUAUUAAAUUAUAUGAGUUUUGAAAUAUCCUUUUAGCUGAUGAAACGUAGAAUAGUGUGACAUCAUCUUCUACAGAUGACACAUGUCUCUUGUAAUGAUGCGUUCAAAUAAAAAUCGGCAAUAACAUUUUCCUUUACUUUUGUGCAAAAAAAGUUUUGUUUUUUAUAUUUAACAUGCAUAUUAAAUCUUUUUAAGGUAUAAUAAAGUCAGACUUUUUAAUAGGAAUAUCUCCAGUACAGACACUAUACAUGCGUUUUUCUGUUGAAUACCUUAUAACCUAGUAAAUAUCUUAAACACGCGUCUACGUCAGUUUAAAGAUUUGUAUCAUUUUGAAUACAGUACAAGAAAACAGGAAGGUAAACAAAGUAACACACACGUUUUAGAAGUUAACAAAGCCCCAACUUAUAUAUUGAUGAACGGCUUUGCGUGUUUAUAUUAUUUCAUCAAACGAUACGAUAUUUCGAUGUGUUUUUCGGUUAUUGUGUUUAAGAGAAUGAAACUAGUUAGAAGUAUAAUGAUGAAAAAUGCAUCGGCAAUUACUAUAAAUCUACGCAAGAACAAAAAAAUUCUUUUAUCAUAUGCAUAGUUACGAUUUGAUAACCAUGACUUUACAUAUCGGCAAUUACUAAGUCUACGCAAGAGCAAAACAUUUCUUUUAUUAUAUGCAUAGUUAGGAUUUGAUAUGCAUGACCUUACAUGUUAUAUUGGUUAUGUAUAUGACUAAUCUCUGGUUAACAUUUGUACCUAUUGAAACAUAUAUUAUUGUGUACCAUUGGAUAUUUAUGACAAAAGCACUUGUUUUAUCUGCACUGAAUUCACUUUUUAUAAUUUUUAAUGAUCUGUGAUAUGAUUUUGUAAAGAAAUAUAUAGAAUUUGCUGCUGCUACGCAAUUUUGUAUUUUUCGUUUUGAAAAGAGACAUAGUUACUUUUAUGAAUAAAACUCUUUACUGUUGUGAA